UGAGGCCCCGCCCACUGUUGCCAGGUCUUUAAAAUGGCGGCUGCAGGUGCACGACCGGCUCAGACGCCGCGGUUCUCUCUGCGGUCACUCGGCGAACAUGUACCCGGACAACGACACCUUUGCGCCGCUGAGCGAGUUCAGCUUUGAGCGGCGCUUUGACGACAGAGACGCGGUUCAGUGGAUGCAGCAAAACUGGAGUAAAGCGUUUGUGUUCAGCGCUCUUUACGCCGCCCUGGUGUUCGCUGGGCAGCACUACAUGAGGCCGCGACCCAAACUGAACCUGAGGCGUCCACUCGUCCUCUGGUCACUGUGUCUGGCUCUGUUCAGCAUCAUCGGAGCGGUCCGCACAGGUUCCUACAUGUUACACGUCCUGAGCAGCGCCGGAUUCCGCAGUUCCGUGUGUGACCAGAGUUUCUACCGUGGCCCGGUCAGCAGGUUCUGGGCGUACGCCUUCGUCCUGAGCAAAGCUCCAGAACUCGGUGACACUGCGUUCAUCGUGCUGAGGAAGCAGAAGCUGUUGUUCCUGCACUGGUACCAUCACAUCACCGUGCUGCUUUACUCCUGGUACUCGUACAAAGACAUGGUGGCCGGCGGCGGCUGGUUCAUGACCAUGAACUACACCGUGCAUGCGCUCAUGUACAGCUACUACACGGCGCGCGCCACUGGCCUGCAGGUGCCCCGCCCCUUCGCCGUGGUCAUCACCAGUGCUCAGAUGGCUCAGAUGGCGAUGGGACUGACCGUGUGUGGGCUGGUCUACGGCUGGAUGCCGCAGGGCGAUUGCCCCUCCCACAUGGACAACGUCAGGUGGGCGGCGCUCAUGUACCUCAGCUACCUGCUGCUCUUCUCCAACUUCUUCUACCACGCCUACCUGCGUCGCAACGGCGGCGGCAAGAUAACGGAGAAGACGGAGUAGAUGAGGAACGGUUGCCUAGCAACUGAAACUAAUGAUUUUAAUUUAAUGAUUAUUUUGGAUUAUGUUGUGGAGUCUGGGGUCAAAGGUCACAAGUGGUUUGCAUGUUUUCACGCAGGUUGGACGGGUUUCACCCACUGGCCCCGCCCCCAUCAGCUAAGGAGGAGGUGAAGCCGCCCCCCUUCGUCUCAUUCACUCGGUUACAGAAAACCUGUUUACACACGUAACCAUGGCAACACGUGGAAGUAUUGAUCAGUGAUCGGUCUCUGAACUCACGUCACAUGUUUAAGACUCCGCCUCCUCCAUCAUGUGUGUGAAGAUUGACAGCUCCUGUCUCGGGUGUUUGUUGAAACCAUGACGACGAGAUCAAAGUUUUUUUUAUUUAUUUUAUUUUUUGU